GAGUCCUGAUCCAGUUGAAGAACCUGAUUCUGAGACUACAGACGAUGUCUUAUCAACAGCAGCAGUGCAAGCAGCCCUGCCAGCCACCUCCUGUGUGCCCACCGCCAAAAUGCCCUGAGCCAUGCCCACCCCCAAAGUGCCCUGAGCCAUGCCCACCGCCAAAGUGCCCUGAGCCAUGUCCACCUCAGCCAAGCCAGCAGAAAUGCCCUCCUGUGCCACCUCCUCAACCCUGCCAGCAGAAGUGUCCACCCAAGAGCAAGUAACAGCUUCUGGAUUCAUCAGGAUCAGCAAAGGAUAAGGUCAAUUGGCUCACCUAGUCCCCAGCUUCACCUUCAUCUUCUCUUCUCAGCCUGUCAUGGAUACGGAAGAAGCUUCUCUACCUUUUAGCCUGUAAUCUGCCUCUGAUGAUUCCUUCCUAAGGCUACUCUCCAGGUGGUGACCGAGAAAGCGAAGUCCUCUGCUGUGCCAGCAUCCCAGAGAAGAGCAGCAGCCCUCUCCCUGGGUGUCACCAGAGGAUUCCGUUGCUGUCUCCGUGUCUGUCACCUGGGAAGAAACUUCUA